AUGACAGGUCUCGGACAGCCUUACAUCAGACGCCAGUCGAAGGGCUUCUACCACUUAGAUAGCUCUCAUUGGCUCACUUGCCGGGUAUCACGUUGUGGUCCGUGGCUACUUGUGAAGGGCUCCAACAACACGCAGAGUGCCGAUGACCAGGAGCUGGGAUUUCGUGAAAAAUCGUUCCUGAGUGUUAAGUCCCUGCCGCAACGACCGCCACUGCCGAACCAUCGGACGGAGAUUGCAGUGCUAGUCGAUAAGGCAAUCUCUGUACUGCAAAUGACCAUAUCAGCCUUGGCUCGUGAGAGGGAUAUCCUCGAUGAGGAGUGGAGGCGGCUGGAGGAAAUUCAGGACGAUCGGGGCGAUCUCGCUGUGGUCCACGCUCAUACCAUCCCAGCGGAACCCUCUGUUGGAACUGGCAAUGUACCUCCCAUUGAAGGGGGAGCUGGUGGCGUAUCGGAUCUUCUGCCGCCCGGUUCGCAUGCGGAUGACUCUGUGUCUGGAGCAGCAGCUGCAGCUGCUGCUGUUGCAGCGACCAUCGACUUCGACACUGCUGCGAUUUCACCUAUGAAGGCUCUGGCGGCAGCUACUCAACAGCUAUCGUCUCGUGGACGCCGCUGGGUUGCACGAUGGACGGGUGAAGAUAAGAAAGAACAUUCGAAGGGCUUCUCAUCUAAGCGCCAUGGUGAUGCUAAAGCGCUACAGAUGGCAGUCGCCACCAGAAGGACAAUGCAUGUUCGAGCCACGGACCAUUCAUCAUCCAUCGUCGAGGAGGCCUCUAUGACGCCCCCUUCUGAGGGAUCGGAAGAUGACGAGGAGCCUGUCGCUAAGAGGAGUCGGGAUGACGGACAGCUCUACGAGACAAUAUCAGCGUUGGCUCAGCUGGCCAGCGACCCUGUUCUCGGUCAGCCAGGCCCGCCAGAUCAUCUGGCGACUGUGGAGGACUGCCUGGCCCUGUGUGACCUCGGCACGUUGGGAUCACAUCCCCUGACACCCGAGGCAGAGCGAGAGGUAGCCAAGGCAGUAUUGCCUCCACUACCCUCGGGAGAUCAUGCGAGCUCGGAUCGGCCCAGUGGGAUACAGGGAGUGACCUGGAAUCCACUUAGCCGUACAUGGGCGACACGUUGGCGGGAAGCUGAAGGGCAGCAACGGAGCAAGAGCUUCGCCUUGUCCAAAUAUGGUGAUGACGGGGCAUUCAGGCUCGCUAUCAGGUUGAGGAAGCUCCUCGAAGAUCUGGGCUUUGUCUCGUCGCAUAUGGGUCGACCGUCGGAGCGGGGUACUCCCCCACUGGAGGCUCUGCCACCGAGUACAGAGGCCUGGAUACCCAGCGCUGUACCAGUGGCUGAGGAGCAGACCUCGGAGCCGGCGGUGAUACCACAUCACGUGCCUGGUGCUAAGAUGAGAAGUGGCGUGCCUGGCGUUACCUUCAAUGAGACUUAUCAGAUGUGGGUUGCGAGAUGGCGAGAGGAGCCCAAGGGACGAGAAAACAGCAGAACGUUCUCAGUGAAGCAAUAUGGUGCUAAUGAGGCCUUGCAAAUGGCGAUUGAUUAUAGGAGGAUGAUGGAGGAGGUCGGAAGAGUAUGUCUACCAAGAGGAGCUACGUCUUCAACGACAACCCCAAUGUCCCAUCGCCCCGACUCUGCACAAGACCGUUAAUGAAUAGUAUCAUCCUGUC